CAUAACUAAAAAAUUAGGAAAAGUCGGGUUUUUUUUUAUAUCAGAAAUGAAAGUUAUCUUUUAUAUUAAAACAAACUAAUAUAAUUUUUUGUCGUUAAGAUAAAUAAGGAAGUUGUUAAUCAAUUUACAUUUCGGCACGUGGCCCUUGAAGGGACGAUGUAAAAAAAAAUAUCAUCUCACAUUAACAACAUAAAGAUAUUAAAAAUAAAAGAUAAAAAUGAAAAAUUUUUUACAAUAACAAACACAAAACCGAAAAUUAAAAACAAAGAGACCAGGUGUACACAUAUGUUUAAAAGCACAUACGAUUUACGAUUGGCUCGAGACUUAUUAAGAAAACAUCUUAGUUUCUGGUAGUGGAAAGAUUCAAUAUUUAGUCCCGCCUCAAAAACCCGCCCUAUGACUAAUUUUCCGCCUUUUCAAUUUUUUUUUCCUUUUUUUUAAAUUUUUUUCUCAUUCAUCGUCAUCAUCAUUUUGUGUUCUCAUUUCUCGUAGCACUCCAGCAUCCACUUAACGCCUCGAGCAAUUAGUUACGCUUGUUUAGUGAAUCCCAUCAGUCUUUUUGACUCGAUUUCUUUUUUUUUAUUUCUUUUAAGUGUCAGUUUCUGUUGAUACCAAAAAUCGAAUUGAUAAAAUUAACAUAUAAAAAUAAUUUGAAAUUUUGAAAUAAUAAGAGUGACAAUGCCGCGAAAAAGGAGAAUGUCAACAAGUUAUUUAGACGACGAAGAUUAUUCUCUGGAUGAUAAAUACAGCAAAGAUGAUGGUGAAGUCCGUGCUCCGAGAAAUGCCGCAAAUGCACGUGAAAGAGCCAGAAUGAGGGUAUUGAGUAAAGCAUUUUGUCGUCUUAAAACAACUCUACCUUGGGUACCAGCCGAUACAAAACUCAGUAAAUUAGAUACACUUCGUUUGGCUGCUACUUAUAUCGCUCAUUUACGUGCAGUUCUUCGUGAGGACAAUGAUAGUCAUUUAGAUUCAACGAAACCUUUAUCUUUGACUCUGUCAUGGCCUUUUGCUUAUCAAAAUAAUAAUUCAUCUUCAGUUAUCGUCAACACAAAUUGCACAGUAUCAUCGACAUCCGAAACGUCACAUUUCAAUCAAUAUUGUCUUCGGUCGCAACAUGAAGCAAAUGAUCUACAACGUUACCAAAAUUCGUCUAAUCGAUAUAAUCAUGAGUCACAUCAAAUUUACUAUUGAUUACAUAAUUACUUAUUAUUUAUCUCGUGUGUGUGUGUUUUUUUUUGUUUUAAUAACUAAUAUAUUUUAAAACUUAUUUAUUAAUCUUUUAUAUGAAUUUCAUGAAAGUUGACUAGUCGAACUAUAUAUUUAUUAUAUAUGAAUUUAAAAUAAUAUUUUUUACUAUACAUAUUUUUAUUUAAUGUAAUAAUUGACAUCCGGUUAAAAACGGAAGUACUAAAGGAUCUGUUGUAGAUAAAGAUUGACAGAAGGAUCAAAAAGACUAAGUUAAAUAAACAUAAAAAAAGAGCCUUUCUAUAAAAUUGAAUGUAAAAACAAUAUAUCAUCUUCCAAAAACAAGCAUAACAGUACUUAAAGGCCUCUAUUUAUUUUAACUUGUUAUCUAUUAUAUUUUAUUUACCACAUUUUUUUUUACUCAUCUUUCGAACCCCUACUUACCAGAUUACUGUCGUAAAAAAUUAUAAUUUUAUCAAAGUUGUGUAAUUAAAAAUUCAAUAUUUUUUUAAAAGAAAACAAUUUUUUUUUGUGUACACUGAAAAAAAAAAGAAAAUUUUGGAGAAAAAAUGCUUAAUUAGAGUAUUUUAGUUAUUUGAAGGGGAAAAAGGGUCUGAGAUAUAAAAAAAAGAGCAUAAUUUUGUGAUUUAUUUUUUUUCAGACCUUCUUUAUUAAAAUUUUCAAAAUUUGCGACAUUAUUAAGCAUCAUUCUAAGAAUAUUCUGCUAAAUUUUCAUAAAAAAAUAUUGAAAAAUAAGCCAGUGGUAGUGGGGAGAGACGAGUCACUUUAAAAAAAUUCUCCAUGCGGUAGGAAGGAUAACUUAUGACUGUUUCAUCUGAAAUUAAAAAACCAAAAAGAUUUCUUUGGACAUAAGUUUAUCUUGGAUUUGAAUGAAGGAAUACACGCAAAAAAAUAAAUGAUAAAUUUUAUUCGGAUUUUCAAUUGAUUUUUAUUGUUUGAACAAUAAACCCGCAUCAAAAAAGGUAAUUCAUAAAUAAUAUAAUAUUGAAAGCGAAAAAGUAUAAGAAUGAUUCUCUAAAAUAUAUUGAUAUGAAAAAAAAAUAGUCACUCUUAGUCUUUAAAUUGUUUGAAAUGAUAAAAUACGUCAUCUUGCCAUAUAGAUAUAGCUGCGCAUCAGAAAUACUUUAGGUUAAUUCUUUCACAUUCAUUAAAAGCUUACAAACACAAGUAAAAUUUUAUUGUUUAAAACUAUAAAAACUGAUGCGCUUAAGAUGUACUUUUUGAUAAUUUAAAGAAAGUAAUAAUCAUAUACCGUUGUACACAAAAUCAAUUGUUCGACAUUGAAAAUUUUAUUUAUUAUAUACUGAAUAUUUUUUUACUUUUUACUAUUAACUUAAAUGUCCCAAACAUCGAAUGUUGAAGCUUAAACGUUAAAUUAUUAUAAUUUCGUUUUUUUAUCUACCAAACAGUAAUUUCUAUUACUUGUAACACGAUUUAUUUACAUAUAAACUUUAAAUUUCAAUAUUUAAAUUAAGAUUAUUAUAAUUUAUUCAAUAAAACCACGAAAUUACUGUUUGAAAUGAUAUUAAAUUGUGACCACAUUUUAAAUUUUUAGUUAUCAAUUACUAAUUUUUAUAAUUCAUUUUUUUGUUUAUAAACAAAAUAUUCAUUUUUGAAUUUUCGGUAAUGGUGAAAUCACAAAACUCUGAUUCUUACCAAAAAUUGCUCCUUUUGUUUAAUUACAAAAUGAGUAGUGUUUGAACAAAAAAAUCCUUCGUUCAAAUCCGAGAUAAACUUAUGUACUACAGAAAUCUUUUUGGUUUUUUAAUUUCAAAUGAAACAGUCAUGAGUUAUUCUGUCUACCGCAUAGAGACUUUUUUUUUAAGGUGAAUCUCUCCCCUCUACCACUCGCUUAUUUUUCAAUAUUUUUUUAUAAAAAUUUAGCGGAAUAUUCUUGAAAUGAUGCUUAAUAAUGUCAAAAAUUUCAAAAAUUUUAAUAAAGAAAGUACUCUGAAAAAUAAAAUUACAAAUUUUUUUCUGUGUAUCGAAGUUUGUCAUUUUAACAAUGAAUGCAGUGAAAAAUUUUGUGAAGUGAACGCGAAUUAAAUCCGGAGUGAAUUUCAGUUAUAAGUUAUAAUUGCGAUAGAAAAAAAUAAAUUUUUAUACAUCUUACAUCUGUCUUGUAAUAAAAUUAAAAAUAAAUCUAAAACUUAUUGUAUUUCAUUUCCUUGGAGUAAUAAAUUUUAUUAAAAAUAGUAUUU